CGUGAUCAUGACGUCAGCUAAGUCAGUUUAUGUGUCCGGUGUCCGGUCUGCGGAAUACAACCAUUCCAAUUCACGAUAUAGGUGUAAAGUUAAUUAAAAAGAACAUAAAACAAAACAGCGGUCACAGAACUGACGGCUUGGAAACAGUGUAUUUGUUUUUGUUAUAAAACGGAUUCGACAUAAGAAGCAGAAAGCUGAUUUUGGAACCGUCAAACCCAGAUGACUUCAGACCCAUAGAAGAUGCGGAGCUUCAGUCCUUGGGCUCUUCUACCUCUUGGUUUCUCCAUCGGCACUGCCACCGGGCUUUGGGCUGUAUACUUCACAGCUCUUUACAACAACAUCGUAGUGCCUUUGGGUUCCCACAGCAGAAAUGAAUCCCUGUAUCCUCCCUUCAUAAGUGUAACAGGAAACUUCCCACCAGGAAGCUGCUACUUCAGUAUGGUCAUGAACCUGGCAGCGUUUGCAGGGUUGGUCAUCGGCUUCCUCAGAUACCUGCAGCUGAAGAACAGGUUAGCCAGAGCUUGGCUGAACAUCGCUGGAUUGGUGCUCUUCUCCGCCUCCUGCUUCGGAAUGACGAUUGUUGGGAACUUCCAGUUAUUUAUUCUGACGAGGAUUCACGACUCUGGCACCCUGCUGACGUUCGGGAUGGGGCUGUUGUACUGCUGGCUUCAGGCUGGCAUCACGCUGAGAGUGAACCUGAAGGGCGAGGGGAAGAAGGUCGGCGCCCUUCGCUUCCUGUUGUCUGGACUCAUCACUCUCUGCUUGGCAUUGAAGUACAUCUUCAUCAUGUUCUCCCUUCCUCGAGCCGCUCAGUGUCAGUGGGCUCUGGUCAUGUUCUUCCUCAUCUACGUUGGCACUUUCGCCAUCGACUUUCGCCACAGCCACUUUGACGCGGUUUGCACCGACCAGCCGGAGCCCCCAGAGGAUUCUGGGACAUCAAUGUUGGAACAAGAACUCCAACGGUUGUAGGGUUCCACGGAAGCCGAGCCCGUUUUUAUGGCGUUCCUCCAGCUGUCUACUGGGCUUUUAAAUAGAUUGUGUUGUUUCUUCUGUGCAGAUCAAUUGAAGAAUUUGGUUUAAUUUAAGUUCAACUUUGAAGCACUAAAAGAGACACAUUUCUGUGUAAGACAAGGCAUUUAUUCGAAGUUUGUUUCUGGAUUAAUACAAAGUUCUGUUUCCAUGAUCCACAUUAUAGAGGAACACUGAAGACACAUUUCAAUAAAUGCGGUUCUCUGACGAGGGA